CCUAUCCACCAUUCCAAGGUUCCAAUGUUGCCUAAGGUUUCCAAGGUGCUCAGACUAAAGCGCAUAAGCUGCUCUCUGCUCCUUAUGUUGCCUCUGUCAUAGUCUUACAAUUUUCUGUGAAAGAAUUGAAACAAUCCUCAUUGUCUACCUAGUUGCAUUCUUUCUCCUAUUCUAGGAUUGUUAUUGGCAAUCGCUAAUUAAUUGUUCGACACUUACGUAGGUGGGUUUACCCCUGACUUUAGCCCCUAUUUCCACCUUACAUCCAGGGACAGGUUUUUUAUCACGGUUGGUAAAAAAAACAAUACCCAAGAGAUAUAAUACAUCCUACCUACAAGAGAAAUAUUGUUAAUAGGAGGAUGGAUGAAAUCUCCACUUCACUGAAGGCCACCGGACCGGGUCUCGAUCGAACCUUGGCAGCUCUAUCCUAGGGUAUCAUUAUGACUAAUAAAUAGCUAGCGCUGGGUCAACGUCAGAUAAAUACCUAACCUUGAAUUGUGAACCAGUCCCCUUUGUAAUAUAUGAAACUUCCCCGCCUCGUCAUCAUCUUCACUUCCGUACCUACCUGGCCUCAAUACCCACUAGUCUCUCGUUGCUAAACAUGGCUAGCCAAGCUGUGUUAACACACCCCACGGGGGAUGAUGUACGGAUAGAGGUAGUCAGCAAACCGGGGGAAGUUGUUGCUGGAUUCGACUGUAUCUGCGAUGCGUUUGGCAACCAGGCUCGCGAUGCGAUAUGGAUGGCUACCAACCCGGAAUGGAACAAGUCCGGCCCCGAAGGUAGACCUCAAGCUGCGGCCCGGAUGGUUGAAGAAUGGCAAAGCAUAACUUACGACAACAAGGGAAGACCAAAUAAGAUCUUUCUCGUGGCAACCGUACCUAGCGAAGGCAAGCGUGUCGUCGCCGGCAUGGCUGUUUGGGCACAACUGUCAAUGGUGGAGGGCCAUGGAGAUCAACCGUCCAAUGACUUGCGCAGCUCUCUCGAUCUUGAAGCACUAUAUCCGGGCAACGAGUCUGAGCAGCGCUUCCUGUGCCAGGUCUGGCGCUCUUUCACUACGCGUCGUGUCGAGGUUGCCAAAGAGAAGCAAUCGUCGGAGCAACCGUCCAUAUUUCACCUUUCCAUCUGUGGUGUGCACUCAGCCUACCAACGUAGGGGGAUUGCUGGAAAGUUGGUUCAGUGGGGGCUUGACGAAGCACAGCGUAGGGGUGGGCUGGAGGCUAUCACUGAAGCAUCGAGCAUGGGCAGAGGUGUUUAUGCACGCCUAGGCUUUCAAGGUGAAGGAUCAGAUGUCAAGUAUGAAGUGGAUAGUGAAUUUGCGUCGCGAGACCUACCACCAAAUCUCUUCAUGAGAACCGGAAUUGGUCAAAAGUCGUAAUUCCUUUCAUGGGUCUAUACUCAUACCCUUACGGUGUAGUCAGACGGCUAUUACCUAUCUAGAGCCCCAGAUAAGACUCUAAACAUUACGAACAAAGUGAUUGUCCGCCAUCCAUUGUUGAAAAGGGGGCUGAAGCAACGGAUAAUUGAAAGAGUAUUUACUACAAAGGGAUUCAAACAAUAGCACAGCAUUGGUGAUACCUAACUACCACAUAGAGCGAGGACAAUGGAUUUCCUCACAAGACAGAUUUAUUGUUACAGUUAACAAUAGAAAUAUAUAUUCGGG